UCCUUACAAUUACAACAGCAGCAACAACAAUGUGCGGUGUAAAGUGUGUAGAUAAAUGAAAAUAAUAUUAGCAAGUGCGUGCAAAUUGUAUCGCUGCAACAACAACAACAACAUAGCGUUAUAGUGAAAGCAGUGAAUUAUUUCCUCCAACAACAACAAAAGAAAAGCAAGCAAAAUGUCUACGAUUGUGGAACAGGCAGCGAGUGAUGUCCUCUCAGCGGCAGCUGCCACAACAGCCAAUAGCAAUAAUAACAUCAGCAGCAGUAGCAACAGCAACAGCAACAACAACAACAACAACACAGUGACAGCAACAGCAACAGCAGCAGUAGCAGUAGUAGCAGCAGCAGCAGCAGUUGUGUCAGCAGCAUCGUCAACUCCCCUUGCGGAAAUUGAACAACUGCAACAGGCCCUCAUCGAGAAGCAAACACAACUGUACGCCCUUGAGACCGCCUGUCUCCGCGAAACGGAACGUCAAGUGGAGCUCGAGGACAGUGUUAUAGCGUGGCAGGACAAAUACGAUCGAUUAUACGAGUCGCACAAGCGCGUACAGAAGGUCAAUCAGAGUUUGGAGGACAAAAUGCUGAAGCUGGUGGAUCGCAACACAAGCGAACGAGCGCAACUAACCAGCGAUGUGGCAACGCUGAGCGUACGAUUGGCGCAAGCCAAUUUCAAUAUUGCCAAACUGCAGCGAGAAAUUGAACGCUACAAGGCCGACAUUAGUCUUGCCAUACAGCUGCUGCAAUGCAAACCGGACAGUUUUGUGCCCCAGAAAGUGUCCUCGCUACCCAUUGAUAUACAAUCAAAAGUGUCCGCCUAUAUGCGCCUGGAGACCAAUUCGCAUUCGGACUCGGAGUGCAGCAACAGUGGAGUAGGCGUGGCCACUUCAGCUUCCUAUAAAGUGCUUCCGGCCUCGGACUCGCCACCGCCAGCACCCUGCCCUUUUCCGCCCACCGCCAUGGUGUACUCAAUGCGGGGCCUUGGUAAGUAUGCAAAAAAUACGCCCACACCCGGCACACAGCAGUCUCACGUCAGCAGCAACAACAACAACAACAACAACAAUAGUUGCAGUAGCAACAGCAACAACAACAACACAAAGGACACUCUAAACAACAAUAGCAGUACAGGCCAGUGCAAUGCCAUCAAUGCCAUCAAUGCCAACAACACCAACAGCAAGUUCAACAGAGCCACGAACGCCGAUCCGGACAUGAUAUCGCCCACAGUUAUGGCCAAAUUUCUGGAGGAUGAGCUGAAGGCGGGCGAGGUGAAACAUUGCGAUACAUGUCAGUGCAGCAAACAGGAUCUGACGGUGCUGGCCGACGUCUCUCGUUCCUAUACGGUGGCCACCCAGACGCCACACCACUCCCUGGGCCAUGGAGGGGCGCUCAACGAGCCACUGACGCAAUUGUGCCUACGAUGCAAUAGCAAUCUGAACUCGCCCUCGCGGACGAACAGUCCAUACCUGAUGAAGCUGGUCAAGUCGAGUGAUUCUGUGAUUUCGGAAACAAAGAGCUCCGUAUCCGAUCUAAACGACAUGGACAAGCUGUUUACGCCAGCCAAGAAGGAUGAUCUUAUGGUGAAUCCCAUCUUGGGGCACCAUCGACUAUGCGAGCGCACUACGCUGGGCCUGACAGCGUCAACGGCGCAGGACUAUGCGGCCAUUGCAGCUGGAAAAAUGACAGCUUCCACCAUGAUGUAUCCGACCACGCAUUUGGGCGCUUAUGCGGUGGAAAAAUACAUGCUGGAGACGAGCAGUCUGGGCCAGCUGCGUAAUGGCUAUCCGCGUAGGUUUCUCGAUGGUGGCGGUACGGCCUUGCAGCUGCUUAACAAAUAUGAGCCUACAGGGGGCACUACGACGGCCGAGGAAAUUGAGGACGAGGCCACUAAGCCACUGCUGGCUGCUAUAUCGCAAUCCAAUUUGCUGGAUGUAGAAACGCAACAGCAACAGCAACAACAAAACCAACAGCAACAGCCGCAGCCGCAGCCGCAGCAACAACAACAACAACAACAGGUGCUGCAGAAAUUGGAGGAUGUAUGCGAACCGUUGCCCGUGAAACCCACACCCGUAGCCGUGGCCGCCGUAGUCGCUGCCCAGCAGGCAUUGCUCAAGUCCAACAAUUCCGGCAGCGUCAAUAGUCUGUGGAGCAAGACGAGCAGCUGCGAGGGUGCCAAGAUGUUCGAGACCUUCAACAGGAAUCUCAUCAAGACUAUCAAGGCGGAGAAUCCCAAGCAUCGGGGACCACGUCUGUGUGCGAUGCGGAUUCAGCAGAAUGGUCAAAGCAACAUCCUGCUGGAUAAUCUGGAGUCCAUCGAGACCUACACACCAGUCAUCUAUAAGCGUCGUGAGCGUUUAUUGGAUGAGGAGCUCAACGACACCAAGGACAUAAUUACGUCCAAGGAUAGCAAUGCCGCGUUGCCGGAAGCGAACGCCGUCAACGCUGCCGUGGAGGCGUGGCAAGCACCUGCCGCAUCCUACGAGCAUGUGGCACUGCAACCUGUGCUGGAGCCGCAGGUGGAGCUAGAGACUGAAAAGGCUGGCCAAAUGGAAGCGCCAACUGCAACUACCACGGCGGAGGCAAGUGGCAUUGCGCCCGCUACAGCUGCCGCCACUGCCACUGCCACUGCCACUGCCCCCACUGGAAGUCCCAAGCACUCGGCCAAUUCCAAAUCGUGUACGCAUUCCAGUUCGAUUAGUGAUGCCAUCGACUAUCAGGAGAGUGUGGCGCUGCGUCGCCAACAACUGAGCCGCGUGGCCGAGUGGGUGCAGCACAAUACACAGCAGCUGGAACAGCGGGCGCUGCAACAGCCUCUGCCGCCGAGCGAUUCGAAUUCGGGCACCGAACGGCAAUCCUCGUACUCAACGCUGGACCGCAUGGAUUCCAUUUCCAUAGAGAAGUUGUCCAUGGACUCGGGGUACAAGACAACGCCACAGCAACUGACGAAUGGCUAUGCAGAUGCGGGCAAGUCCACGGAGGACUCGUUAUCACCCAAAACGGACAACACCAGCAAUUCCUUGGGCCCUAUCGUGGACAGCAAUGCGAGUGUGAACAUAAAUGUCAAUGCUUCCAUGAAUGCGAAUGCGAAUACGAAUGCAAAUGCCAUUCCCGGCAAGAAGGCCGAGCUGUGCACCACCUACUAUCGUCGCACCACACGCUCUGGCCUGCCAGUGGCCUAUACGACCACAACCACCACAACAACAAUCACAAACAAUAGUAACAAUGGGAAUGAUGCGAUGAACAGCUCCAUGCCCUGCUCCUCGGCUGGCUCGCCGCCCCUAGUCUGUCCCGAACAGCCCACGUGUGAUAUACUCAACUAUAAAUACUAUCCGAAUGAUACGGACAAGACGCGCUCCGUGCAGGCGGAGCUGCACACAACCACCCAGCAUGUGGAUAUUGCCCAAAUGGAGUACAAUGUGAAGCAAUUUUUGCUCAAACAGAACGAAUGGUCGAUGCGCGGUGCAGGAGCUGGCACGGCCGUGGGAGGAGCGCCCAAUGGAGAGGCUCCGACGGCUCAGACGGUUGCGGCGCCGAUGACGCGUCUGGUGCGGCACACACGGCUCCUUGGGCCGGGGGUGGGGGAGCGCGUGCGCAUGACGGCGCCGGGUGGUGCUGUCGCUGCAACCACCGCUAUGGCGGCGCCGCACAGAACUGAAACGAAUUUAUAAGCGGACCGUGCAAUGAAUAAUCAAAGCACUAAACCAAAUUGUAUUCUAGUUUAGAGCAAGUUUAGAUGAAUCGUUGGAGAUCGAUGACGAUGACGACGACGAUAACGAUAACAAGCACAAGGACAAGGACUAUGACGGUAGCAGACAGCAUAAAUCGUAAUUCUAGUUUUAGUUACUUAACGCUUAAGUUAAUGGACACUAUCUAUGAUAUAUAUAUGUAUUAGUACUAUAUGUAUGUAUAACUAAUGGGCAUUAUAAAGGGUAUAAUCGACAUCUGUGUAUAGAUGGUCUACUUAAAAUGAAAACAAUGAGAUGAUAGCUACUACUUACAUAUAUAUAUAUAAAUGUACGUACAUAUAUACUUAUAUGUAUAUGCAAAGAUUUAAUUGACACCAAAGCUACCAAAGCCGAGAAGCUUCAAAGUUAUUAUAAUGCCUAAUGCCGUAGCUCUGGCAGUUGGCGGAGGGACAGAAAAGCAUCGCCCUAACAUUUUUCAAAAAUGCACACUCUGAACAAAUUUCUGUACUUUAUUGCUUUACUAACUAAUUAAUUAAUAAUUUCCACACUCUUCUUCUGAUCUAACUGAAACUAUGCUUGACCUCCAAUUGGGGAACUGGACAGCCCUUCUUCAAAUGUUUCUUCUGCAGCAUUGCCUUUUAAAACCAUUCCUUUUCUCUCCAAAUUAUUCCAACAAAAAACACUUCUGCCCUACGCCAUAUUGCCAGUUAAUCCAAAAGCAAAUUGUAAUACAGAAUAAUAAUACAGAAAAAAAAACAACCAAUAAGCAUAUGAUAUUCCAAAAAAUUUUGCAAAUCUUUUCGGUGUCUGCAUGUUAACCCAUUUUUAAAUGCCUAGGAUAUUACGAUACGGUAAACAUAUAUUUGAUAUCUCGUGUGUUAUAUUUGCUAGAAUCCAAUUAAAAAUUCCAAAGAAAGUAUGUGCAAUAUUUUUACGAUUAAUAGCAAAAACGAAACCAAACCAAACGAAAAUGAAUGAAUUUUUAUUUUUAUAAAUGCGACCAAAAACAAAAUAACGUUUACUUAUCGAAUGUUUGAGAGUUCGUUUCCCGUUUCGAAUUUCCCACAUGCAAGUAACUCCCUCAUCCGGAACUAAACUAAGAACCUGCCUAAUCAAAAGCUUCUACGAUAUAGCCACUCUAUAGCUAACAUAUAUACAAGUACUGUACCUUCUUAGUAAAAACCAAAAAAAAUCAACAACAUUUGCAGCAACUGUGUAAUCAUUCCUGUCCAUUAUAUGACCUUCAUAACAUUAGACACACUAUAAACCAUAUAGUAGGGACAAUUGUAAGCAUGUCUCCAGCUUAUUGCAACAAAUGAAAGCAUAUAGCAUGCCUCCAAUACCACAUACCAUGCAUUCAAUACAAUACAAUACAUAUAUAAUGGAACGUAUCUGAACAGACAUAUGAUUGUACUACUACCCACUACACACACACACACACACACACACACACACAUCCACACACAAACACACCCCACAGCAUAUAUUUAUGUAUAGCCACAGCAUCGGAAUCAUAUUCACACUCGAAAAGGCUUCAAAAUAUAUACAAACGCGUACACCUCCAGCCCACGUCUAUAUACAUAUAUACACAUCGUACACUUACUCUUCCUGUAUGCGAACAAAAUUAAAAAAAAAAAAAUGCCUAUUUACUCGACUACUAUUUAUAUACACCUAUAUAUACAUUAUAUUGGAUUACUUUACCAUGUAUACACUGAGCGAAAUGCUCCAGAAAAUGCUUUAAUACUGUUAUGUUUGCCCUAAUUAUAAACAUUUAAUUAGCAUAAAUUCUCAAAAUGAAACCUAUUAUGUGCUAUUUAUAGCGGACGUGUUCACACUAGGCGGAACCAAAACCCAUUAAUGGAAAUAAAAUGAAGCCAAGGGGCUUGGAA